AUGCAUAUGGUCGACCAGUUUAAAACGUGGCUAGCAGACCUCACCUCCUGCCUGAGUCUUUUCGCUCUAUCAGUCGCUUUGUAUGCGAUUCUCACACAAAUGAGGUCACAUUAUUUGUUAGCAGCUAUACUCGCUGUACCCGUUCGCUCAGCGCCGACAGCUGACGAAACAUACCCGUACCGCGGUCCUGAUGUCCCUAUCGGAGAUUGGGUCGACCACACCAUCAAUGGCAACGGCAAGGGAUUCCACCGUCUGGUCGAGCCUCUAGCCGUGAAGCCUGCCUCGACGAAUCCCACCAACAAUAUCAAUGUUAUCUCGUUAUCAUAUAUCCCUGCAAAACACGAGGAAGCCACUGUCGGUAUCAACAUCCACUACCAAACGCCCUUUGGUUUAGCCACUGAGCCCUCUGUUCAAUGGGAUACCGGUGCUUCAGCCUUGAAUAAUCUGGCUACCGGCAAAAGCAAGACAUACGAUCGCACUCCUCCUUGUUCUCUCAUCAAUAAUGUUAUCCAGUGCAGCCAAUUCUUCCAUAAUGUUCACAUCGAAAAUCUCGAGCCUGGCACGACUUACUAUUACCAGAUUCCCGCUGCCAACGGCACCCCCCAGUCUGAUGUUCUCAGCUUCAUUACCGCCCAAGCCAAGGGCGAUCUGUCAGAGUUCACCAUCGCUAUCAAUAACGACAUGGGCUACACGAACGCCGGUGGAACCUACAAGUACAACGAACGAGAGGUCGAAGAUGGCUUGGCUUUUGUCUGGCACGGUGGUGAUCUUAGCUAUGCGAAUGAUUGGUACUCUGGCGUCAUACCUUGCAACUCUUCCGAGUGGCCCGUUUGCUACAAUGGCAGCUUCAGUACGCUGCCGAACAAUGACACAAAUCUCGAUUACUUCAACACAACUUUGCCAGCCGGAGAAAGGCCGAACCAAGGUAGUCCUCGUGGUGGUGACAUCGGUGUGCUAUAUGAGUCCAACUGGGACCUUUGGCAGCAAUGGAUGAACAAGAUAACCAAGAAGGUUCCUUACAUGGUCCUUCCUGGAGAUCACGAGGCCACCUGUGCCGACCAUGACAAUUACCCUCCUGACAAGAUGUUUGUUGAAGAUCUUGAGAGGGUGAAGAAGAAGGAGGAGGACUGUCUCGGAAAAGAUAAGGACUCGCCAAAAUGCAAGUGUAAGGGCGAAGACAAAUACACGCCGGAGUGCGAAGAGGAGGAGUGCAAGUGUAAGCCGAUCAAAAUGCAUGAAGAGACGCAUCCUCUAGACGAAGAGACAUAUCUACUGUCUGAUGAGGUUCAUCCUCUGGCCAACAUGACGCACAUCAUGGAUGUCGGUCCGUUUGGGAAGAUCAACGGUUCGUACAAGGAUAACAAGGCCUAUGAGCAAUACCAAUGGUUGAAAAAGGAUCUCGAAAACGUCAAUCGAUGCAAGAGUCCCUGGGUUAUUAUCAUGGGCCACCGUCUUAUGUAUAGUUUCAAGUGUGGCGACUACCAUGAACACCUGCGCGAAGCCUUUGAGAGGUUAUUUCUGAAGCACAAGGUCGAUCUCUACGUUGCUGGCCAUGUUCACUGGUAUGAGCGUCUCAAGCCCAUACGAAAUUGUAUCGUGAACCAUACCUCAAUCGUCGACACAAAUACCUACCAGGUGAACCCAGGCCAUUCUAUUGUCCACGUCAUCAAUGGAGCUGCUGGAAAUAUCGAGAGCCACGCUACAACCAAUAAGUCGAACUCCUAUCUCACUGAGGUCAUCGAUAAAACCAGCAUCGCUACCUGUCCAGACGUGUAG